AUGGGUGUUAAAGCGGAAGGGAACAGACUUAGCAUUGACUGUGUUCUUAGAGUUGGGUUUGACCCCGGGAACCCAUCGAACAAUGAGGUGCUCCAACGACUGAAUCAUAUCGCUGGUUUGCUAGAGAACUUCAAAUCUGAGGGCUCCACCAGCUCGACCCGUUCACUCAAAGAAGGAUUUUUUGAGUUGGCCAUGCAGAACCCUAGCCCCGUAGCUGAUUCAUUGCUGGGCAGCCAUCCACCUAGCACCAGCACUGGUAGUGUCGAUGACCGGGGAGCCGAUAAUGAUCCCCGAGUCCUUUACAUGGCUAGCUCCGGUGAGAACAUGCUCCGAUGGCCCAUCUUCAACAAGGUCAUCACCGAAGCCGAAAAGCAUAUCCGAUCCUUCCUACUCGACUCACUGGAUAACCAGCCCCACAGUAUGCAGGCACCGCGACAGGUGGGAAUCGGAAGCUUUGUCGAUGAGAUCCCUAGACUUUGCAGAAAGUACUUCCUACUAUGUCACCGAAGAAACCCGAUUGUCGAUUUAGACAGUCUAGACCGCUAUGCCAAGGAGGUCACCGUCCAGGGUCUUGGAUGGGAUGGACCCUCGUGUCAAGUGGUAUGUCAGCUCCUUUUUGGGAAGUCCCACCUGAACUAA